AUGGUGAGCCACUGUCAGACCCCCACGUUCUCAGACUUCAGCGGUCUGCCUCUCUCCAUGUUCGGCGCUCGGAGAUCCUCCAGCGGGACCCCGGUGUGUCGGAGCCCCGUGAGCAGCCCAGCGCGCACACUCUGCCCCAGUCCCAAACAGGUCAGCGGUGCAGAGGAGAAGGGGCUGCAGUCCUACAAGACUACACGGACAUGCUAUUCUAACGCACAACUUCAAGUCAGUGGUUCAUACUGCUCCGAGAAGACCUGUGCAGAAGACAGACCUCUGUCACUCUUCUCCCAGAGCCUCCAGUGCGACCGGCCCGAGCUCCUACUGCACCAGGACACCAGAUCAUCCUCAGACUUUUCCAGGACGCUGCCGGUGGCCUCCCCCAGUUUGUGCAGAACCAACGGCGUCCACUCCCCUCUCUCUUACCAGAUCAAACAAGAAGCUUCAGUGGGAUACAAUAUGGGACACAGUGAAUCACAGGCUGGAUAUCAGAACCUAAAGGAGGAGAUCAUUUUAGGGGCGACAAAUAAACUGACUGGAAGUCCACAGGUUAGCUGUAGUGUUACUAGCAUACGUACAGUAAACGCUGUUAGCAGUGCUGUGUCAGCAGACACAUCACAACCCUUUAAUAAUGAAGAUGGCUCCUCCCCGCUGGCUUUGUCCCCAUCGGGCUCCCAUCAUUCAGCGCGGCGACUCGGUUCUAACAGGCUCAAGAGGCACUGCCUGUCCCUGGCCUCGCAGUCCGCAGCCACAGCGUCUCCGGCGGCCGCUGCUACAGCCAUCGACGACAUCAACAUCUGCUCUGCACAAAUGUCCAUGGUCUCCUGCAACGGCUUCCACCUGUCGCCAAGUCACAACACAGGCUUCUCCUCCACAUCUCCUCCCUCUACAUCCUGCACUCGGGACGCCCAGUACAAACCCCCACCUCAGCGGAGCCCCCAGCCUCCUCCGGGGCAGGACAGGUGCCAGCGGUCAUCUCCUGCCUCCUGCCUGCUGUCCCUGUCCUCUUCCGCCUCUUCAGUGUCGUCAGUGGAGCUUGAGGGCCACGCGCUCUGUGAGGAGCAGGGCUCCAUGCACCUGGGCCGGGGGGCUGCGGGAGUGGACGGGGACGCAGAUGGACUGGGGCUACUCCUGAGCGGGUCAGUGAUGCCUGGGACACUCCAGUCGGAGAGUGAGGCUCUUAUGGAGGCCUCCCAAAGAUCAGGAGCUGCUCUGAAGCAGGAACCACUGGACGAUUUCACACCCAGUGAAGACGAGCUCUUUCAGCACCACUAUCAUCAGCAUCAUGUCAAUGGGCGAAUUGGGCAUCAUCCCCACCCCACUCGUCCUGCCAUGCCACCCCCUUAUCACUUGCACCAGUACGUGGGGCCGAGCCCAGGGGGCCUACACCAUCAGAGCCAAACAGGACCGGCCUGUUCCAUGGGACAUAAAGAAGCCCCCACAGCUCCUCCAGGGCCACACAGACACACAGACCGAGAGGACAUAUCCACCGGAGCCAUUAGUGACAAACAGGUGUGUCGCUGGAUCGACUGCAGUGCGGCCUAUGACCAGCAGGAGGAGCUGGUUCGGCACAUUGAGAAGGUGCACAUUGAUCAAAGAAAAGGAGAGGACUUCACCUGUUUUUGGGCCGGCUGCAUCCGUCGCUAUAAACCGUUCAAUGCACGCUACAAGCUGCUGAUCCACAUGAGGGUGCACUCAGGAGAGAAGCCCAACAAGUGCAUGUUUGAAGGGUGUAACAAGGCGUUUUCCAGACUGGAGAACCUGAAGAUCCACCUGAGGAGCCACACUGGGGAAAAGCCGUACUUGUGCCAGCACCCGGGCUGCCAGAAAGCCUUCAGCAACUCCAGUGACCGGGCCAAGCAUCAGCGGACCCACCUGGACACGAAACCAUAUGCAUGUCAGAUCCCCGGCUGCACCAAGCGCUACACUGACCCCAGCUCCUUACGCAAACAUGUGAAGAUCCACUCUGCCAAAGAGCAGCAGGUGCGGAGGAAGCUGCAAUCGUGUCCUCACAUAGAGCAGGACAUCCUGAGUGAAUGUUUGUCCAUGCAGCACCUCCAGAGCUCCUCUCAGCAGCACCUCUUCAACGGAAAAGACCCGCGCUCCUCCGCCCUGGGCCAGGACAGCUUCCCCGGCAUGUACACUGGCUCCAGCCACCCCCACCAGCCCAUCAUCAGUGCCCAGGCCGAGCUCUCCACCGCCCCAGACCUGCCCCAGAGACACAGGCUGGAGCGGGACAUGGGCAGCCCUCAUCUGUCCCCCAUCACUCCCAUGGAGGCCAGAGACGGGGUGUCAGGGCCGCUCCUGUCUCCUGGGAUCAAGAACACAGGGACGCCCCCCUCUCCCCUGGACAAACACCACAUGCACCCACAGCACAAGCCCUACAGCCACUACUCGCUGCAGCCGCCCAAUGACGAGUACCAGGGCAAUUUCCAGAGCUGCUUCCAUUUCGGAGACUCCUACAGGCUGGAUCAGACGAUCAGCAGCGUCCAGAUCCCUGGGGAUUCCCACAACUACAGCGGCCAUCAGCAAAAUGGCUUCCACAUGUCAACGGGAAACUUAGGAGCAGGCUUCAACAUGGGCCAGGAGCUCCAGGGAGGGGCAGGAUGCCAGUUCUCCUCCGGCCCAGAUGAGAGCAUCUUCUUCCAGGUGGGAAGCUUCGAGCGCAGCCUGAACCACAUGCCCUCUGUCUACACAGAGACAUGA